CAUGCGCGUACGAUUGAUAUUCUACGUACCAAGUGCUUAGUACGAAUAUGCGAAAAUCUUUUUGAAAUUAUAAGCUGUUGAUCGAGAAACUGACGUUGGUGAAAGAGUAUAUUUAAACAUUAUUAUUGAACUUGUAUUGAGUUUCUACUUUCUAUCAUGGAGGUCGCAAGCCACUUCGUAAAACAUUACUACAACCUUUUUGAUACUGACAGAACGCAGUUAGGAGGUUUGUACACAAAUGAGAGCAAGCUGUCAUUUGAAGGACAAGAAUUUCAAGGGCCAGAAGCAAUUUGUACAAAACUUGUGUCUUUGCCGUUCAAAACAGUGGCUCAUCAUAUAACAACAGUAGAUUGCCAAAUUACAAUCGACAACAAGCUUCUUAUCGCUGUACUUGGACAGCUAAAGACGGAUGAUGAUCCACCACAUAGCUUCUUCCAGACUUUUUCAUUAGCUGACAGAAAUGGGUCCCUCGUGAUUAUGAACGACAUCUUUAGGCUAGUCAUCCACCACGUAGCAUAAACAUGCCUCUGUCACAGUUUGCUAUGUAUAAUUGUGUACAUUUAUAUGUAUUUUUUUUAGGCGUUUAUUAUCAUUUAACGAUCAUUUUCAUCAGUUUGAUGAUAUUGAUUAUAAAUGUGUGUACUAAAAAUCUCCUUUCUCUUAAAGAAUUAACGGAGAGUUGUUUGUGAGGACGAUGCAUAUCCACAUUUAAACAUCCAUCCAUACCAUACCAGGUCUCAGCUGCUUUUUCAGGCUUAUAUUGGUAUUCAUGGUCUAUCCUAAUUAAAUCUUCAUGUUUAGUAAGGGCUAGGAGUGUCAUGGGGGGGGGGGGGGGGUUUCAGGGGUUCACUCUCCUUCCAAGUAAGAUAAGUGUCCAAUUUUUUUGUAAUAGCUUUACCAUUGUCAAUCAAUUUGAAAGUCGGAUGAUAUUUAAUUCUUAGAUUUCCACCAAACCCCAUCUGAUCCCUUAAUUUUCAUCCCUCAAAUAUUUAAUGUUGUUUCUAGCUUUGAAUAUUUAACUUUUAGGACUGGAGCUUUAAGAUCAAUGAUUCAUGCAUGGUAGACAUUUAUAAUGGUGUAUACAUGUAAUAACACGAUAAUAAUAGGGAAGCUAUUGGUGUGUAUGUAACUCUGUAAUCUGUCUGUCCAGAUUCUUUUACUAUAAUACAAAGUAUGUAACUUGUGUGCAUGUAUGAUUACUGACAGAAUUCUGAUAUAUGUAGUUCUGCAUGUAAAAAGUUAAAAGACAAUAAAGCAUGCAACACAAACUUCGUUUUAUGCUGUCAUAAAAUGAAAAGAAAAAAGAAAUGGGGCAUUUGGUAAUGACCUCUUGUAUGAGAGUGAAUGCUAUUUCACAGACUAUAGAUGACCUUUAGACCACUGCGUACAAGAACCAGAUGGAUCGUGUAUUGAGCCUAUGGGGAUGAAAGAAUUCAAUAGUCAAUGGGUUGAACAAGCUAGUUCAUAGCUGCAGUCUGAGCAGCAAGAGCAGAUAAAGGUCAUUGCAGACCACAUUGUGAAAUACAC